UUCCUCUAUCGUUCUUCUUGAACGUUUAUUUUUUAGUUUCUAUAUAUUAUUGCCUAGAAACUAGCUGAAAAUACUAAAGUUUGUGGUAACAAAGUCUCGAAAAAUGUCGGUCAACGACUGGUAUUCGUUGUUUCUGGCAAACCGGCCAGUUGAAAUGAAACGUAAUGUUUCGAGAGGAACUAAAGCUUUGUGUUAUUCAAUGUUCAUUUCCAAUUUGACAUCUCCACAGCUGACUGAGAACAUUCGAUACCAGAUUAGUGCUUUUUUAUUCGACACGAAGACUUCUCAAAUGUUUGGGAGGCAAUGUAGAACAGAAUGGAUUCCAGCGAAUAGUAAUGGAACUUGUGUUUUUAAUGAAACAUUAUAUUUUUACUCAAUUAUAAACAGCAGAGAUGUGCUUCUUAUUCUUGAAUUUGUGGAAGAAGGAUCAGACGAAAUAACGCCUGCCACAAGCGUUGGAUGGUUUUCAACGCAUAUCGAGAAGAAAACGCCCGUAGAAAUAUCAAACACUAAAAUUUUCGAUAUAUUUGGUGGAACUCCAAAACUAUUAAUUUUUGAUAAAGAAACAGUUUUAAAACCAGUUGGAAAUGUUGAAUGUACAUACAACAUAUUCGAAAUGCCACCCAUAUUCUUCCAAUGUUUGCCUGAAUUUUGCAUUGUUUGCGACAAAGACAUUAUUCCUGGAAUAAUCAAAGACAGUUCUGAUGAAUGGUGGUUGAGCACGCCAAAAGAGAUGCCAACAAUUCCCGCUGCAAUUGAUGCAAUUGUAAUUCAAUUCAAGAAUAAUGUACCUGAAUUAGAAAAACAAAUUACACAUGAUAUUGAAAAAGAAUGGGCAUUGAAAGAAGGAGGAACUCUUAAACCAAAAGCAAUCAUAAUGGAUAGAAAAUUGAGAAUCGGAGUACACAAUGGGUACACAUAUGUCACUGAACCAUUCACAGUUGACUUGGAAAUAAUCUCCUCAAAUGCUGGUGAUACUCUAAGAUCGCGAAAGAAACCUAUUGACUUUGGGAAAUCAUCAAAUUGGGAAGAACAACUGCUAUUUCAAGCUGCUGGAAACCCGCGUCUGGCACUUCGAAAUCUGUAUGCGGAUCCAAGAAUGGCUAUCAUAUUCUUGCUUGAAUACACCUUUCACCGAGAAGACAAUCAAAGCCUUAAUCAGACUAUUCUAAUCGGAUGGGCUGCAUGGACUCCAUUCUCAGAUGGAGCCUUUUCUGGAAAAGAAGUGGAGACACGAGUUAGCUUUGUUGGUGGUCCACGUCCGAAUCCAGAAGGCGUUUUAUGUUAUAAGAACGUAUUGAAUCAACCAGACUCCUUGAAGCCAUUGAAUGAGAAACUUGAAAUUUUUGUGGACUUUAAAUUUUAUGAAAAUGGAAGAAGUGUUCACAAUACACCAACAUCAAGAAGGGCUGCUGACUCUGCAAGAGUUCAAACUGGAAGAUCAGGCGAUAAUGGCCAAUCUGCUAGAUCAAAUAGAAAAUCAGUGAAAAUAGAAACUCCUAGAAGUCCAGAAAAUUCGAAUAGAUUCCCUGCACUAGUAGAUACAGGAAGAUCAGUUUCAUCAGUAGAUGAAUUGAGAUCAAUAAAUGAGGAUUUGAAUAGAUUCAUAGAAGAACCAAUGGAAAUUCCAGUUCAAGACGUAGUUGUUGCAAAGAAACCAGUAGAAGAACCUCUACCAAUAACAUCAGUUUACAAGAUUCCUUUUGAUGAGCUCAAACCAAUAAACUUCCCAAGAUCUGCCCAUUCCAUGUUUGCGAGACAAAACUUCACUCAGUUGAAAGACAGGAACGGAUCACCACCAAAUACUGAAGAUGUGACACUAAAAACCAUCAUCGAUAUGAAAAGAGAGCAAUUGGACAGACUCAUUACAUCACAUGUAUAUUUUCAAUUUAUUGCUUUCAAACAACUUGCUGCUCCUGAUGCUCGCAUGAUUAAGAAGUUAUUUUUCACAAUCGGGUUUUACCGAUUCCCCGAUAUUACAACAGAGUCAAUGCUUCUCACAUCUAUGGAGAAAGGAGAACCAACCCUUUUAACCCGACUUGAUAAAAAUGGGAAUUCGGAUGUUAUAGCUUCACCUGGAUUCAUAGCAAAAUAUAUAAUCGAAGGAGAAGAAAGCAAGGCUGACUUUUUGGAUUUUAUGGCUUCUGGUCAUGCAACUAUUGAUGUAUGGGAUUCAGACUCGUUGAUUCACUUGGGAUCAACUAUUGUGCCAAUCAAGAAUUUGUAUCGAAGAGGAAGGGAAGCUGUUCAGUUGUUUAUUCAAUGCCCAGUGGUUGAUACAUCUUUAGACACUUCAUCAAAAGCUGGGGCUUUCCUUUACAUGAGAGUUGCCAAUAUCGGAUUUCCGUCAGGCAAUACAUAUGAUCUCUCCUCCUCCUCUUCAUCGCUGACUACCACAAGAUCCAACGUAAACUCUGGACAAGGUACAGUAGUCCGCCGACUGACGUCAUCAAUCCGGUUAAAUGAAGAAGGACCCCAUUCCUAUCGAAUUCACGCAAAACCAUUACCUGGUAAUAGUGGUGUUGGACUAGAUCGGUUUUUGACAGCUCAGAGACUAGAUAUUCAACAACGGCAUGAACAAUUGUUCAAUGAGAAUAGUUUGGAUAAGAUCAGACAAUGGAAUGAUUUAAAAGAAGGAUUCAACUUUUCUGAUAAUAAAGAAAUUGCACAGAAAUUCAUUUUUGAAGAAGAGCUAGCUGCAUACAAAAAGCUUCGAUAUGAAAGUAAACCUGCAAAACUUCUUGAAGCUGUUUUCAAAGGUAUUACAAGUUGUCACCAAAUAAAUCCCAGUUUUGGAGAGAAAGUAUUUUUUGAAUUUCCUCUCGAGAACUACAAUUCUGAACCAAUCAAUUGCACCAUUGAAUUUGAUGAUGAAGCUUUGAAACCAGUAUUUGAUGCAGAAGAAUGGAAAUUUUACAAAACAGUGAACAAAGUAACAACUCCAUCAGAAAAGCAAAUGAUGAGACAAACAACGGAUAGAAUUGAGAUUUGUCUUCAACCUGGGGAUGUUUUAUUUAUUCCAUUUAUCUACGACGCUUUCUUUUUCCCAAAUGAUGCAUUCAACAUGUACUCAACAAAAGUUGUAUUUAGAAGAUGGGAUACAAAAGAACCACUAGCAAUAUUGGAUCUCCACGUGCAUCGAAGAAAUUUCCUUCUUCAACAUUCAGUUACUUUUAUUUGUGAAACAUCUGGAAACUGGGAAAAACAAUUAGUACUACCACCAAUGGCCAGAGACAGAAGAGUUUUGUCAUGUCGAUGCUCUGAUCCGUCUGUAAGACUGACUGUUCGAAAUGCGACACUACAACAGAUUGUUGGAUUCACAACAUAUUCAGGGGAAACGAAUGAUCGAAAGACGUUUCUUUUAUUGAUGUAUAGUGAUCAUUAUCAAACAAGAUUAAUGGCUACCUGGAAAAUCACUAUUCUUCCAUUCUUCAAUGUUGAUGUUCGUAGUAUUGUUGGGCAAACAACUCGUCUUCAUUUAUUAGUGCACAGAAGAAGCGAGCAUGAUGGAGUGCCAGAUGAUUUACUGAAAGUGUAUACAGCAUCUGGAUGUAUGAAAGUUGUGGAUUCUGUGCUCACUGAAAGAACACCUACAGCCACAAUUGAUUUUACACCAAACUUUAUUGGAACAAAGAAGCUUGUCGUUUCUGUUGUGAAUACCAAUACAUUGAAGUUAGAACGAGGGUUUUUGGUUUACGGAAAGUCUGAAGCGCCACGGAUUACGCAGAAGUUUGUCAUACAAAUUCCAUCAUCUGAUGAAGCUAUUAGAAAGAGAAUCCCGAUAAGAAACCCAUAUGGUUUACCAAAGACAUUCCGAAUCACCACAUCAAAUUCUGAUAUUGUAAAAAUUACGGAUAGUCUGUUGUCAGUUCCACCUAUGGGAAAACUUCCAUGUGAAAUGUAUUUUGUGAAGAAUACACAUCUUCAAAAGAAUAUAGAGACAUUGUUGUAUAUAUCAGAUGCGGAGACUUAUGUACAAGAAGAAGCAUAUUCAAUCACACUUGCAUUCGAAGCUUCCUGAUUUUCAAAUUGUCUCAUUGCAAAUUUUUAUUUUUUGUGAUAUUCCGGUUGAAAUCUUGAAAAAUGAAUUCUUUAUUGAAAG